AUUCCACCCCGGUGGCCUCACUGGGUCUCGACCUUUCCCCGGUGGCAGGAGGCGGACCCGUCCGAGCGCGUCAUCGCUCCCAUGCGGUGGGGCCUGGUCCCCUCUUGGUUCAAGGAGCGCGACCCUCGCAGCCUGCAGUUCAACACCACCAACUGCCGCAGCGACACCAUCUUGGAGAAAAGGUCCUUCAAGGUGGGUCCCAGGGCGCCUUCUUGGGUGUGUGUGGGGGACCCCCGUCUCUCUCUCGGGGCCCCAGAACCUCGUCCACGAGGCUAUCUAUAUAAUAAGGCCACGUGGUUUGGCCUCCCCCCCCCAAAAAAUAAAUCCAGUGGGUCCCGGACUCGGUCUGGCGGCGGCGGGGGUCCCCAACACGGUCUCGGGGACCGGGAGGUGGUCUGGGAAAAUUGGAGGCCGCUGACCAUGGCCGGCGUCUUCGACUGCUGGGAGCCCCCCGAGGGAGGCGACGCCCUGUAUUCCUUCUCCAUCAUCACGGUGGACUCCUGCCACGCCCUGAGCGACAUCCACCACAGGAUGCCCGCCAUACUGGACGGGGAGGCCGCGGUCUCCCAGUGGCUGGACUUCGGCGGGGUCCCCACCCAGGAGGCCAUGAGGUUGAUUCGCCCCACGGAGAACGUCGCCUUCCACCCGGUCUCCACCGUGGUCAACAACUCCAGGAACGACACGCCCGAGUGUCUGGCCCCCGUCGACCUGGCGGUCAAAAAGGAGCCCACGGCCGGUGGCGGCGCCCUGCUGCGGUGGCUGGCCACCAAGUCCCCGGGGACGGAGGACCCCGCCUCGCCCCGCAGGGGACGCCCGGAUGUGCCUCAGGGGUCCAGCCAGUUCCUGCGAGGCGGCGCCUCCCCUCCCCGGCUGGGCGGGGCGGGGCUUCUGCGGCGCUGGCUGAAGCGGGAAACUGAGGCAGAAGACGAGCCCGCGGCCAAGCGCGCCGGGCCUUGAGCGACCCACGGCCUGUCGCAUCGCGAGUCAGUGAGUGAGUGAGUGGCCCGGUGCUUCCCCGGCAGUCCUGGGCGGCCACUGCUCGGAGUCCCCCAGCGAGGCCGGCCUCCACGGUAGAGGCCGGGGCGGACAGCCUCCACGUGUGCAGAGGCCGCCGAUGCCACUGCGGGUUGCAUGCACCUUGUUGGGGGGCUGGCACUGUGUCCCCCCACAAUACCCUUUCCUGGUGGCCCCUUCCCCAAAGUGUCACCCGCCAGGGCAGCCCUCGGCCUCCACUCCGCGAGCGGAGGCCGUUUUUUUUUUGUUCUGCAGCCUCCGGCCUCCCUCUGUGUGUUCCAAUUAAGUUGUUCAAAUACUAUUAUUUUUUUGACCCCCCCCCCGAAUAAAUUAUAUUUGCUAGAAUCUGC